UCGACACUGUUUAGUCGAAGCAGUUUGAAAAGCGUUGUUAAAUAAACAUUGCCAUAUAUUCUGUUUUCAUUAGACGCAAUAUGUUUCUUCUGCAGCUGAAAGAAUCUUGCAGGAUAAUCUGAAAUAAGGUCCAUCUUUAGAUGUGCUCCAACACAGCAGCGACUAGUGCGCACUCAGUCCAGACAUGUUGAUCCAGCUGCCAGAGGAACACGGGAGAGAAAGACAGAGAUAACGAAUGAAUUAGUAGGGAGAGCGAGUGAGAUGACAAUCCAGAGUAGGUGAUCAAUAGCUCGCUGCUGCUCCCCGUUUCAGUCCAGUCCAGUCCAGCCAGCAUCCGCCUGUACCCGCGGUCGUCUGGUGUGGCCUGCUACAAACAUCAUCCAUCGCUCUACUGUUGUUCAGGUCACUGUCUCCAGACACUCGACCCCGUGAGGAGCCUUCUGUGCUUGCAACAGCGACUUAGACAGCUUUCUUACAAGAAUACAAGAAAUCCUGGCUGAGAUGGCUGCAUUAUGGUGUAUGUCUGUGCUGCUUGGAGCCAUUGUUGCCUCACAUUAUGAAUCUGUAGAAGCCAGCAUCUUAAGAUAUAAUCCAACAUGGGAGAGUCUGGACUCCAGGCCUUUACCUCAGUGGUAUGACGAUGCAAAGUUUGGAAUCUUCAUACAUUGGGGAGUCUUCUCUGUGCCAAGCUUUGGUUCUGAGUGGUUCUGGAACAGCUGGAAAGACAAAAAGCUGUCACAAUAUGUGGACUUCAUGAAGAAGAAUUAUCCUCCGGGUUUCACUUACCAGGAUUUUGCACAUGACUUCACAGCAGAGUUUUACAACCCUGAUGAGUGGGCAGAAAUCUUUCAGAGCUCAGGAGCAAAGUAUGUGGUGCUAACCAGCAAACAUCAUGAAGGCUACACCUUGUGGCCAUCCAAGACAGCUUUCAGUUGGAAUGCUGUGGAUGUAGGUCCACACAGGGAUUUACUGGGGGAACUGUCACAUUCCAUUCAAGCAAAGACAGACCUGAAGUUUGGAAUAUAUCACUCUUUGUAUGAGUGGUUCAACCCAUUGUAUCUACAGGAUAAGGAAAACAAUUUCACUACACAGCUAUUUGUGAAACAGAAGACCAUUCCAGAGUUGUAUGAACUGGUGCAGAACUACCACCCAGACAUAAUCUGGUCGGAUGGUGAAUGGGAAGCAACAGAUGAAUAUUGGACAUCCAAAGAAUUCAUUGCUUGGUUAUACAAUGACAGCCCAGUAAAGGACACAGUUGUAGUCAAUGAUCGCUGGGGAAAAGGUGAUGUUGGCAAGCAUGGUGACUACUACACUUAUUCUGAUCGUUACAAUCCAGGAGUGUUACAGCCACAUAAAUGGGAGAACUGCAUGACAAUUGACAAAGAAUCAUGGGGCUUUCGCAGAAAUGCCAGGCUGUCAGAUUACCUUACAAUGAAAGAACUUGUUCAGACACUGGCUGAGACUGUCAGCUGUGGAGGUAAUCUCUUGAUGAAUGUUGGACCUACCAAGGAUGGGGUCAUUGAUCCAAUUUAUGAAGAACGCCUCAGAGGUAUGGGUGCCUGGCUUAAAAUCAAUGGAGAGGCCAUAUAUUCCAGCAGACCCUGGACUUACCAAAAUGACACUCUCACUUCUGGAGUGUGGUACACAAAGAGUGGCAGUAACGAUGUUAGUACUGUUGUGUAUGCCAUUGUACUGAACUGGCCAAUACUUGGAAACCUUAAACUACGCUCACCACAGCUGGUCAAGGAAUCCACAAUCACUCUUCUGGGAUACAGUCAAGAUUUACAGUGGGUGUCCAGAGAUGGUAUUCAGGUACAGCUCCCAGACAAAGCUGCUGUUGCAAGUGAAUUGGCUUGGGUACUCAAGAUAACAAAUGUGACAAACUAAGGCUGUAUCAGAAGACAAAUACAUUACAAUUCUAUUAGGUACAAAGAGUAAUUCAAUUUGAAAUAGAAUUUAAUAAAAUAAUCUUACUAAAUUUAUCACAGUAUAUGUGGACAUAGUCAUACAUAUUUAUUCAAUAUAAUGUGGUAUAUAUAACCUACAGCAAUUUGUAUUCCCUUUCAUACAUAAAAUAAAGAAUGACAGUCAAUUCAAAUACCUAA